GGCAGGUUGUUGUUGUUCGAAGGGCAGGCCUUUGUAGUUGUUGGCACAGUUAAGGGUAAAAUCGUAAAACGGUGAAAGAAAACAUUGGAAGCAUCGAAUCCAAUACACGCACUUCAAAAAGAGAACACAACUCCACCGGACCAAAUCUAAUUCUCUUGUAAGAGACGACGACGACGAACAUGGCAACGAGCAGUGCGGCUUCUGUUGAUAUGGAAGAUAUUCAGACUGUUGAUCUCAUGUCUGAGCUUCUUCGCCGUAUGAAAUGUGCCUCUAAACCUGACAAACGUCUCGUUUUCAUCGGUCCACCUGGUUCAGGGAAAGGUACACAGUCUCCGGUCAUAAAGGAUGAGUUUUGUUUGUGUCAUUUGUCUACUGGUGACAUGCUUAGAGCUGCUGUUGCUGCUAAGACUCCUCUUGGUGUGAAGGCAAAGGAAGCAAUGGAUAAGGGAGAGCUUGUUUCUGAUGACUUGGUUGUUGGUAUCAUGGAUGAAGCAAUGAACAGACCCAAAUGUCAGAAAGGUUUCAUUCUUGAUGGGUUCCCGCGGACUGUGACUCAAGCAGAGAAGCUUGAUGAGAUGCUUAAUAGAAGGGGAGCUCAGAUAGAUAAGGUGCUUAAUUUUGCGAUCGAUGAUUCGGUUCUCGAAGAAAGAAUUACUGGAAGGUGGAUUCACCCUUCAAGUGGAAGAAGCUAUCAUACUAAAUUCGCACCUCCUAAAGUUCCAGGAGUCGAUGAUCUGACUGGAGAGCCAUUGAUUCAACGUAAAGAUGACAAUGCGGAUGUUCUUAGAUCAAGGCUAGAUGCAUUCCACAAGCAGACGCAACCGGUAUGUUUCCUUAUAGUACAUGAACUUGAGGACUAUCAGAGAAUUUGACAUUUGUUCUUGUUGUUGUUGUUGCAGGUAAUUGACUAUUAUGCGAAGAAGGAGAAUCUGGUGAACAUACCGGCAGAGAAGGCCCCGGAAGAGGUUACAAAAGUGGUGAAGAAGGUUGUGUCUACAUGAAACUGAAAAACGAAAUGGCAUCAGUUUAAGAUGUAUCUUUUUUUGCUUAUCUUAAAUAACUCUCCUGAGUUUUUUUAUUUGUUUCCCCCGGAAUGUCUUUUGUCUUGAGAGCAACAUUUGCUGCAGUUUUGUGCAGUGUGUUUCACUAAGGCUUAUUGUUUGCGACUGGAAAUGUCAGGUGAAUAAAGGAAAAACAAAAUCGUAGUAAAAUAGUGGAAGAUUGAAAACAUUAGAAUCGCAUAACAUUGAAAACAAAAUGGUAGCUUA